CAUGCAACAUCGACGUGUAUUUUGUUGGUGGACAGAAAAUUUCCCGUUUGUCGUUAUCCAGUUGUCAAACGCCGGACACGGUUUCGCCACAACUUUCAACAGUUUUACCGACAUUUCGUGAAUUUUAAGCGUCGGGUGACUUCGUAACAGCGUCUGACGAUGGCCGGAGAAGUCUCUAUGAUUGGUUCGGUGAUUCUGGCCCUGUUAUUGGCUGGCUACCUGGGCCAGCAGUACCUGCCUCCCCCUUCACCCAAGGUGAUCGGCCUGGACUUGGGAACCACCUUCUGCUCCGUGGGGGUCUUCCACCCGGGCAGCGGGGAAGUAGAGGUGAUAGCGGAUGAAGAGGGGAGGAAGAGCAUCCCCAGCGCGGUGUCUUUCACCAACACCGCGGUGCUGGCUGGACACGAAGCUGUGGACCUAGCUGACACCAACCCGCAAAACACCAUCUACGAUGCCAAGAGGUUCAUUGGAAAGAUAUUUGAGCCAGAGGUGCUGGAGACGGAGAGCGCUAGGUACCCGUUUAAGGUGAUAAACAACAAUGGCAGUGCAGAGUUUGUGAUCUCCACCAACCACACCUUCACUGUGAGCCCAGAGUUCAUCGGCUCCAGGCUGCUGCUGAAAAUGAGGAAGAUGGCUGAGCGACAGCUGGGCGUACUGGUCAAUAAGGCCGUCAUCUCGGUGCCUGCAGAGUUUGAUGAGAGGCAGAGGAACUACACAGUGAGAGCCGCUAACCUUGCUGGCUUGGAGGUCUUGCGUGUGAUCAAUGAGCCCACAGCUGCAGCCAUGGCCUAUGGCCUGCACAAGGUGGAUGUGUUUAAUGUGCUGGUGGUGGACUUAGGGGGAGGGACUUUGGAUGUGUCUUUGCUCAACAAACAGGGAGGCAUGUUCCUCACCAGGGCCAUGGCAGGAAAUAAUAAGCUGGGAGGUCAGGACUUCAGCCAGAGGUUGCUCCAGUACACGACAGAGCGAGUCCGGCAGGAGUUUGGAGUUCCCCCCACUCUCAAGGAGGACAUCCACCAUCUCCGGCAGGCCGUGGAAGCUGCCAAGCUCAACCUCACUCUCCAGCCCAGCGUAACCAUCAGGGUGCCCCUGCACCUUCACACCCUCGACAGCUCCGAGGGCUCCACUCCUCCUCCGGUUCUCUUCCAGGCCGUAAUCACUCGAAAGCUGUUUGAAGAGCUCAAUGAAGACCUCUUCCAGAAGAUCCUGGCGCCUGUAGAGACCGUGUUAGCCGAGGGUCACCUGGAGAAAGAGGAGGUGGAUGAGAUUGUUCUGGUGGGAGGGUCCACCAGGAUCCCACGGAUCAGGAGGCUGAUUAGAGAGUACUUUGGGAAGGACCCCAACACAUCAGUAGACCCUGAUCUGGCCGUGGUGACCGGUGUGGCCAUUCAGGCGGGCAUCAUGGGCGGCUCCUGGCCGUUACAAGUGAGUGCCUUAGAAAUACCCAACAGACACCUGCGCAAGACGAACUUCAGUUAAUCUCAAUUCACAUUUUUUUUUUUUAUUAUUAUUUCAUGCUUCUUAAAUGUGCUUCAUUAACAUCUGCUGAUGGGCAAGAAAAAACAAACAUGGAGCCCCAUCACCUAAAAGCUUACAGCUGUCUGUCUGCUCAUCGUAUGAGUGGCCCUAAGAUCUCAGAAUGCUGACUGCGUACUGAAACAACAUUUUUCUACAGUAACUCGUAACAGCAGAAGUGAACUGUCUGGUUUCACAUUUUGAGAGACAGCGGCUUACAGCUGAUAGUGAGACAAGGUCACGGUGUGGCUGAGAAGCCUCUCUGUCACGUGUCUGCUGCCCGUUCAGCUUCAGCAUUUAAUGCUUAGUGGCAUGGAUACAUAAAAGGUGUUCAAUUCAGGGAACAACGACUUCUUUAGAAAACAUCAUGACUAGCCAGUACAUGUCCAGCUAUUUAUUUAUUUAUUUCUGUUAAUUGUAUGGCUGUGUGUGUCUGUGUAUGUAUGAAUGUGAAUGUGUGCCUUUGACCUACAUUUUUUUCGAUUUGUCCAUUAAAGGCUGAUGUGCUGUGUGCUCGUGCCUUUCAGAAGAGCUGCUAUAUUGUUUGAACUGUUCCAUCAGAGGCCUUCGUCCCGCUCUUUGUAAAUCUUUGGUCCUGCUCAUUAUUUUGUAGAAGUCGCAGGGCCUGAGCGAGACCUCGGUUUAAAUGUGUAGAUAUGCACAGUUUAAAUGACCGCAAGGUUCUUAAAUUUAUAAAUGAAGUGUUUCAGUGACUUGCAGAGUUCACAGCCAACAGAUGAAGGUACAAGCUGUAGAGAACCUUCAUUUUUGUUUUUUUACAGUACUGUAAAUCAUUAGCUUCGUGAGUAAAUUAGAUAAAGGUUAUUUGCCUUUAAAAGGGCCCAAGGAGAUGUGCUCGGUGUUGCAUUUUCUGUGCAAUAGGAGGUGCUUAAAAAUUUUUGUGCACGUCAGAUUUGGGAGGACAGACUGCUUCUGCUGCUGUAGUUUAGAGAAAGGCAAGGAGGACCAAAGCGUUGCUUAUCGGUGCCUUGUGUGUUUGAUACUGGGGCAUGUGUUCCUGUCACAUCCGGAUGUUUAACGGCCCUGUUUGAGAAUAUGAGUGCAAAAAAAAUAAAAUGUUUUUGUUUUUUGUUUUUUUGGGGUGCACAUCAAGUAUGGAAGUUCAUUCUGGCAAACAAGCAGAACUGUGUCUGCGAGUCUGGAAAGUUUCAGUUUUUCAGCCCACAUUCCUUUGAAAUUUCAGUCUUAUAUAUUUUUUUCCCUGAUGUAAUUCAUAAAAAAAGGUGGACCUGUUUUUGUAUUUCACACCCUCCAGUAAAGACACUAAAUCAUGUCAAUUCCCAGUAAGGGAAAAAAAAAAAAAAAAAUCCUACAGUGUUAGAAUCUAUUUUUGUAUCGCGACUUUCACUCAGUGUAAGAGUGUUUUCACGUGAUAGUGUCAACUGUUGUGAUC